AUGGAUAACAACAACUCUAGAGCAGAGCAGUGGCUACAACACUACGAACAACACCACGUUCAAGAGAUGACUCCGUGCAAUAUGACGUCGUCAUCAGGAUAUUCCCUUCGAGACGGUGGUGCGACGGUGCACGAAGUUUCCGGAAGGAGAUCUAGGGCUUCAAGGAGAGCCAUACCAACGACUCUCCUAAACGCAAACCCUAGUAAUUUCCGAGCCCUAGUUCAGAAAUUCACCGGACGUUCUGCGGGAGGUGAAUCCAACCGUAGAAAAGGUCCCGUGACUCUGGACUUCGGGUCUCCGACUACAAUCUCUAACGAAGCUAUCUUUCCGGUCUCCCACGAUCGAAGUAACUACGAUCAUGAUCAAGUGCUUAACCGGCACGUGAGUAACGAGCAGGGUCACGCGACUUGGUCAUGUUCUGAAGCAACGACUUCGUAUCAGCUGGGUGAGGAAAGUAACUCGGUGGUUGAUCAAGAUCAUGAUCAUGAUCUGUUGAGGGAAUAUUCCGGGAAUAGUUGCUAUGAGGAUGGUUUGGAUCAUACUGAUUACUAUCAUCAUGAUUUUCACCUAGAAACGGCAAGUUUGGAGGAGUUUAUGAUGAGAGAUCUUGAUUUAUAG